UUUGAUGUGACAUUUAGUGAAUUUCUUUAAUAACAAAGAAAAAACAAAUUGGGAACCAUAUCCCCAAUUAUUUCUUUUGCCCAAAUGUCUAAUUGCAGCCACGAAAACCAAUGUUGUCAUACUUUAGGCUCUUGCUCACAAACACUUGAUGAGUUGGAAUUUGAGCGAGGCAUUUGGCAAGCAGCCAUAGAUGGAGACAUUAUUAAAAUAAAAAAAUUACUGAAUAAAAGCGUUAAUGUGAAUGUUACAGAUUCGUCAGGCUACACUGCUCUGCAUUAUGCUGCAAGAAAUGGACAUUGUGAUACUGUUGAAUUUUUAAUCCAGCAAGGCGCAUGUGUAAAUUGUCAAACUAAAUUUGGAAAGGACACACCAUUGCAUCGGGCAGCUUAUAUUGGAAAUGAAAAGAUAGUGGAGUUAUUACUUGAAAAUAGCGCUGAUGCAAUGUUGCAGAAUACUGAUGGACAUACCUGUUUGCAUAAGGCUGCACAGAAAGGGCAUCAAGUUAUAGUGGAAAUUCUUAUGUGCAAAUAUCCCAGUUUGGUAAAUAUUAUUGAUAACAAAGGAAAAAAACCCACAGAAUAAUUUGCAAAUUUAUGAAUCAUAUCAAAUUCAUGCGCUAUCAAUAUUAAAAAAUCAAUUUUGACUUAGAUUUC